AUGAAGGACAAGGAAAACACCGCCAAUACAAUCUACCAAACUACCACAAGAUUCCCGCCAACCUCGCUCAAGCUCGCACCGCAUGCAGCUCUUCCCCUUCAGCCACCGUUCUCUCAGACGCUACAUAAGAACACGCCCGUGCGCCCUCCGCCAACUAGUCGGCAGUUUGUUCCGAGCCCUCUGCCUUCACCAACGGCGCGGUCGCCCUUGCGAGCUUCGGCGCCAGUGUUUCGCCCCUCCGCGACUUCUCCAAUCGCUGCGUCACCCACAAGGCCAUCCGCAUCUGCCUAUUCACGUGCCCCGCCUACGGUCCAGCCAUCUUCGCCUCACCAUACGCCCGAACGCCCGCCGCUCCUUUCCCCAAGGCUCAUUCCUGUGUAUUACGCCCCGCCUUCGCGCGCCAAUGAUCCCCCCUUACCACGUAUCUUGCCUCUACCACGUCGCGCUGGUGCCGCUUCACGCGAGGCGCACACUGCGCUCCGGCAGCUACCUGCGUCGGGUACCACAACCGCUGGCUCUGAGUCUCAGGCAGAGACCUUGAUUUACACGCAUAGCGAUAUGGUCACAUCGGACGGUCCUCUACGAGCAUGUAUCGGUACCUGGACUUCUGGAUCUGAUGGUCCCAAGAACCGGGCAGACUGCGUAUACGCAAGUGACGCUCUUUACGGCGCUUCACUGGCUAUCGCCCUCGCUGUAGAAGACGCCAUACCGUAUGCUCGACGUGCGCCCGUUGUGGUGCUUACUACGAACAGCGCCGCUCUUACAUCCAUCAACCUCAAGGCCAACAUCCAGCCAAGGCCCGGGACACCAGCCUACCACGUUCGCACCCUUCUCGCUCUUUCCGGCGCGCAAGUCACCGUGCGCCUUGCCGAGGAUGCCGCCAAGGAUGGACUGACGCGCAAGUUAUGGACUGGCGCUCGCGCACUUGCGAAAGCCAUGUUUGAUGCGCGGCCGGAGAUUAUCGUGUUGGAUGUGAGACGACGCACUACGGUCCUGGAACGCGCACCGCUACACAAGCCGCGAUGGCCCUCAUCGACACCAACUACGCCUGCAUCGGGCAAAACCAAUACAGAGGCGACGAACACGACAACAGCACAGGCGCCCGGGCCGGAGGUCACUUCCAUCUACGUCUCCGGCUGCAUGCACCCCGACGAAAUGAGCGCGCUUAUCGGCAUGUGGGUCGGCACGAAUGAUGCGCGCAACCUCUCCGGGCGCUUCGCUUGCGCGCACGGUGGCGCACGGAUGGCCGCGAUUCUGGCUGUCGCUGCGGGUGUGGAAGCGGCAGUGCGACUGGAGCGUAUGGACAACCAUUCGGGUGUAGUCGAGGUCGUCUGUGCUGAGCUGGAGGACGAAGUCGCGGAUGCCAUUACCUCUCUGCGCCCUUCCACUCCAGGCCCUGUCAACUUCAGCGACGCAGAGGCCGAAGCCAUACGCCAUGUCCGUUGCAAGUUAGGGUUCGCGUCAGGUGUGCGCGUGCGCUCUGCGGCUUGGGCAGACGCUGCCGAACUGGGUAUCCUUGGGGCACAGGCACUGGGUGAUGGGGCGAAGGAAAACGGGACUAUUCCAGGUCGGUGGGUCGGUGGAAAACUUGCGGAGAAAGCGCCAGCCAUCACGUUCACUAUCGCGACUGCGGACCCCGUGAGGGAUGAGGUAGCGAACGUUGAGCAGGGUUUCGCUGCAAUUGCACUAGAGGAGAAAGCGCAGGGGAAAGAGGACAAAAACGUGGAAAGAGAGGAACAUGUGGCGGUGAGAGUGGGAGUAGAGACGGUCAAGGAAGAUGUGGUCACGAUCGGCGCGUCUGCGGUUGAGAAACAGAAGAUCGCUCUCGAAGAGGAGAGAGAGGUCGUUGAGGAGCAGGCGGCAAAUGUCGACAAGCAAGAGCUCUCCGAGCAUAAGGGCGAGGAGGAAGAGCACCUCAUAGAAUCCGAUGGCUUCGAGGUCCCGGAACCGACGAAGCACGCGCCGAACACCAGUUCAUCGACUGCAGACCAUACCAGUCUUGAACCCGCAGACGCGCCUUCUGCGCAUGUUCAAGCGCCUGUCGACACCAUUACUUCGGCGUCAUCUCUACAUGUCAACGAGCAAUUUGCGUUGGACUCGCGACCUCAACCACGGCGAAAGUCGAUGAGGCGCCGUUCGUCUUCGGCGCGUCUUGCUCGGCUUUCAGUCAACCCAUCCGACGAGUUGAAGCCUGCAUCCUUCCAAUCUCUCGCUGAGACCAUCCACACCCUUCAUCUUUUGACGUCUUUCGCAUAUGCAUCCCUCGUCCUCAAGGCAACACCUGGCGAUACCUCAUACAAGGUUCGUGUACCGGAUACCAACCUGAUAUUGCACGCUCGCGACAUCAUACGAAAAUGGAACGAGCAGAAAAGCGCAUGGCAGGAUAUGCUUCCACAUAUUGCGUCCGAGAUAGGGCGAGGGGACUACAAGAGCUUGACGAUCGAGGAGAACGAGAUACGCCUGGCGUUCUGUCAAUGGGCGGGAAAGGUGCAGGACUUGGACACGCUGCUCUGGCCGGAUAUCGCGACUCAGGAUGUGUGUGCGGACGAUAAGAGCAUGGAGAUCGUUAACCCGGGCGAACCGGUGACUCCGAAGCUAUCGAAGGCUGCACGGCGUCGUAGGAACCGCAAAGCUCGCCUCACAACCGCGCUCGCGCUCGCGGCGUCGAAAAAUGCCGCGGACAAGCAAGCGCCCGUACUGGCCAACCUCCCUAUAUCGUCGAAGGAGUCGGAACACCUCUCUUCUACACCUGAUAACGCCGCGAUCGUGGACCUCGUUGAUGAACCGUGUCGACCGUCCUCGACCUUCCAAGACGCAGAUCCCGACGGGGAGGACGCCGACGACGAAGGCGGAGACGGAGACGACGAACCACUCGACUCCCAUGAACGCGAGCAACUCGCCCGUGCUGAGGAGAUGCUUUCGCGCUGGGAUGAUCUUACAGAGGAAGAACGACGCGAGGCGCAGGCGCUCGCUCAGAGCUUGGUCAGCCAGUUACUUCCCACCGCCGACGAUGUGAACGCCAGCAAGAAGGGAAAGGCGGAAGUAGAGGGAGAGAUUGACGCGUUUCUUGAGGAAGAGGAUUGGGCGCCACAAGAGAUACAAACGAUCGCCGUUGGCGACGAGAUUCUGAGCGGUGUACGCGAUCAGCAAGCAGGAGCUCAGUAUGAUCCAGACUUGGAUGCAGACGUCUCCAUGGCAUACGCUGCGACGAGCUACGACGCGGAGAUCGCUUAUGACACAUCGUCUGUCGCGACGACGAAUCCUGCAUCUCCAUCCAUGCAGCCCGACGUCGCUCUUGCACACGCCAUGCCUCUGCACGUCACGGUGAACUUGAACCAGGGCAUCACUGUCGAUCCAUGGACCGCAAUUGCGGACUAUGGCGACUCAUCCGAUGACGAGGACGCCGGUGCCAAGAGCAACUCCCCACUCCCCAACGAACUAGAUGCGACCGUACCUUCUGCGCUACCAUCGCCAUCGCCGUCUCGAUUGAACGCGCCACCUUCAACUGCACUGCAAUUGCCAUCUCCCUCAAGCUCCCCACCUUCGACGCCCAGGAGACAGUUCCUUAUGACGCCCAUCGCACCUUUGCUACGGCGUAUCUCGCCGAUCCCCGCCGCUCCUUCCUCUCAGGCCGCUAUCUCGCCACCAAAAGAACGCGCUGCCAGUCAAUCGCCAUCGCAAUAUAUGGUCGAUGUCGAAGGUGUUCAACGCAAAGCCGAGCGUCAGCUACCCCUAACACCGCGCGAAGAAGUUCUUCUGGAGAAGCAUGCGGCAUGGACGGCAGCGAGGUCGAGUCCCCUUCGGCCGGAAGCUCUGCCCAACAUUAUUCUCACGCCUACGCCUACGCCUAUGCCUACGCCUGCGCCUGCGCAUAUGCUUAUGCCUACGCCCACGCCCACGCGCUCGCCUACGCCUACACCUGCCCCCAGAACUUCACCUGCGUCUGCAUCUGCACCUGCACCUGCACCUGCACCUGAGCCUGAGUCUGAACCUACACCUGCCGCAGGCUCGAUCGGGCUCCCGCGAAAGGUAGAAGCAGCUCCGGCGAAACCGGCGCUCAUAUCGUACAUCAGCUCAUUCCUCUACGCCCGCCCUUCCUAUUGGACCUAG